AUGUUUUUGAAGGCGUUGAAAGACAGUGUCCACGCCGUCCGGAUGGCAGCAGUGAAGGAAGCAUCGGCUUUUUGCAGAAUAUUCGGCAACGAAUGGAGCACGACGGCGUUUAUUCCACAAAUCCUCAACGAGUACUAAAAACCGAAUACUACUACAGCCGCCUCGUUUCACAUUUUACCGCAAUAGACUUUUAACGAGUCCUAAAUCUUUUUCAAUAAUAGCUUUCAAAUUCAAUACCUACGGAUGCAUUUUCUGAAGAAAGACUCAAGUACAUGUACAAGAUGGAUAGAUUCACACUUCUCUCCAAACUUCUUCAAACAACUUGAUAAGGUUCUCCUCAAAGAGUGGUCAUUGUAUUCGACUGACCGUGUUGCAGGCAAUAGUGCCAUUAGGCGAAGUCCUAAAUGGCCAGCAAACGGAGACUAUACUAGCGCCAACCUUCCUCAAAGCUCUCGGAGACUCCGUGCCAAACGUCAAAUAUCGCGCAUGUACUACCUGUUAUAAGAAUGCUGCUUUUUUGAUUACUUAGACUUUUUUGAUGACAACAACAAUUAAUUUAGGACAUAAGAGGAUACGACCAUAGAGCAUUACAUGACUGUUCUUGUUACAAACACCACCUCUUUAAGAAGUAGACUUCGUAGUCAAUGCAAAAUAGUCGACUGGACUCGUCAUGCAAAAUGUUCUUCGUUGGAAGAAAAUACUUUGAUGAUGUUCCAAAACCGAAGUCACAGGUAAGCUCACAAACAUAUUUCUACAAUCCCGACAGGUAAGCUCACCAUGACAUUCUGCCGAGAUAGCGAGAUGCGAAUAGAGUUUAUUCGCGACCAAAUAAGGCCUGCGGUGGAGAAAGUCAUCGCAGAGACCGGUGCUGGAGAGGUGCAGUCUGCGGGUUACGCUGCUCGCGAUGCGAUUGAUCACAUCAUCAAGGCUGGUAGGUCCGUUCCCGUCCCUGUCCCUACCUAACUACCUAACUACCUACCUAUAUAAUUUUUAUUUUCGAAACUGUAUGAAGACUCGGGUGCUUGUAGUACAAGUAGUCAUGGUCAUCGUCUCCCUUGUCCGCUAGGUGUAGUGCUAGGAGGUGUGGAUGUACUAAUCACAACUACACAGCUACACAGUAGAACAAAGUCUUCGUCGACACGGCACCCCCUUCUGUCGUGAGGCACGGCACCCACGCCACUUCAGAAGUCCUCUGUUGUACUAGUACCACCUAGUAUCAUCAGUUUAUAUCCUUUCUUUUGCUCCUUUUCUUCUUUUGGUCAAUCAAUAUUCUUAUUCGUAGACGAUUUUCUCAAGAUCCGUAAAUUUUCGUUCUUAUACAUGGUCAACAAGAAGGUCUAAAAUGUAGUAUUCGUGUUCCACAGGUCGGGACUUCUUUUAUAUGAAAAAAGAAGUAGGCAAAGCACACCGGCACAACUAUCCAGACAAGUGUAGUCAUCUAUAGGUUGUAUUACAGCAAUGAAAAUGCGUUCGUAAAUGAACAUGGAAAUAAGAUGCACUCUGUCUUCUACUUUCGAUCAAGUAGAACAAGGACUUCACGCAACACGAAUAGAAAUGUGAUUUACAAGUGAAAAGAGAUUGGAGAAGUAGUGGACGAAAAUACUUUC